AUGGACGACCUACAAGUAGAUUCGAGCCGCUGCUCGCCUGCCGUGGUUGAUUGGUUGCUAUUAACUUGUGUCGAUACUGGUUGGAGUCCAGCGUAAGAGUGUAAUUGCAAGAGAGGUGUCGAGCAAGGAAUAUAAAGUACAUGGUCAUCGCAAAAACGUUCUUCGCUCGCCUCCUGACUGAUCCCUCGUUCACAACUCCUCUGCUGUACAUACGCGGAACAAUGCUCUUCAGCCUGCGCUUUCGAGCCUUAUAUCAUCUCUUACAUCAUUGGGACCUUCACAGCUUUCUUGUGCCAUUUAUUUUACUCUCAUUCUACUGCCUGGACACUCUGCGGGGGUACCCUUCAAUCGAACAAGAUAUUUUCAUGAGUUUUUGGCGCAUAUAUCCAAUGCGCGUUGUGAAAAUGUUUGUACUGGGCGAUUCUCGACCGUAGUAUCCUCUUCCAGCGUCGAAAUAAAGAACAGAUCUGUCAUCGUGGUCUCGCCACCCAAUGUCAGAUUCUGGACCUACCUGGCCAUAUGCUGAGAUAUAGCUUCGUUUCUCCGGUGUCAAUUCGUAAUGGCAUCGGUGAUAA